CGUUGUCCCUUCUGAUAGGCUCAUUACCUGAACUCGUUUACCUCGCUUUGCCUCCUGAUAGGCUCAUCACCUGUAAGCGUGACCAAUCAUCUCAGCUGCUGAGCUGCUGGAUGAGAAACAAACACCGACUGAGUUCCUGGUUGCUACAGUUCAUGGUCUGGGGCUUCGCUUUGACAGGCACCAAACUCCAAUGAUUGUGCGCCAGUUCGCCUGUAGAGGUUUAAUAAACCCGCAUAUUUGUGGUCACCUGAAGAAACCCCCAGGUGGUCAACAAAUGGCGAGGCCCAGUUCAGACCUGGCAGCAUUCAGGGAGAUUUUCUCCAAAGCCAAAAACAUAGCCAUCAUCACUGGAGCAGGUGUGAGUGCCGAGAGUGGAGUCCCCACCUUCAGAGGAGCCGGGGGCUACUGGAGAAAAUGGCAAGCACAGGAACUCGCCACCCCAGAGGCCUUCUCCAGGAAUCCUUCACGUGUCUGGGAGUUUUACCACUACCGCCGCGAGGUCAUGCUCACGAAAAACCCUAACCCCGCUCACCUGGCUAUCGCAGAGUGUGAGGAGCGGCUGAGCAAACAGGGUCGUAACGUCACCGUCGUCACUCAGAACAUCGACGAGCUCCACCGCCGCGCCGGAUCCAAAAACAUCCUGGAAAUCCACGGAAGUCUGUUUAAAACGCGCUGCAUGAGUUGUGGUCAUGAAGCAGCCAAUUACAAGAGCCCCAUCUGUGCAGCUCUGAAGGGCAAAGGAGCUCCAGACCCAGACACACAUGACGCUCAGAUCCCUGUCCAGGAUCUGCCCAGGUGUGAGCAGACAGGCUGUCACGGUCUCCUGAGACCAGCUGUGGUUUGGUUUGGAGAGACUCUGGAUUCAGACGUCCUCAACCACGCAGAGAAAGUGCUGGAUAGCUGUGACCUGUGUCUGGUGGUUGGCACUUCAUCCAUCGUGUAUCCGGCGGCCAUGUUUGCUCCUCAGGUGGCAGCCAGAGGCGUCCCCGUGGCUGAAUUCAACAUGGAAAACACUCCGGCCACCAUGCGCUUCAAGUUCCACUUCCACGGCCCCUGUGGGACCACCUUACCCCCCGCACUGGCCCGCCACGAGACUGAACAUAAUGAAAACCAGUCCGGCUCUUCACAGACCAGACUGUCUAACACUGGAGGACUUUAUUGGUACAAAUACCAAAAAAUAAUGGGGUUGAAUAUGAUGAGUACCCGACAUGAAGAAUGUGGACACAAGGUUCAUGAAAAAUAAGAAGAAGCCAACAAACAAACAGUCAAAAAGGGAAACAGUUUGUUCAAGUUGUCACACAAUGAAGAGUAAACAGAUUAUAUAAUUAAUAUUUAAACACACUGAACUUUAGGCCGUUAAUGUCAAGUUGAUACACUUUGUCUUUUGUGGCUUCUAGCUUUGAUGGUUCAUGUUCUGCAAGGUGCCAACAACAACUGAUUUAUUUCUAUUAAAUGAAAAACUUUAAAAAAAAUGAAAUAUUCAA